CAGUUGUUUCACGGCACUGAAAGGCAGCGGUCAGCCAGCAGAGAUUUCAGUGAUUUUGUAUCCGACGGAUACACAUACUAUACGUACUAUCCCAAAAAAAAAAAAAAAAACUGGCUACUGCCAUAUACGUAAUACUCACCCAAUGCAUUCGGCGCGGUAUCGCUGAUUUAAAUAGCCAACAAUCGCAAGGUCCAGUCUGACUAGUCAGCCAGUCGGUUAGUCGUUUAGUCGGUUAGCCAGGGCGACAGCUGUCGCACGUCUUGUCAGCAUCUUUGCUAGCUGCAACAACAACAACAACAUUAACAACAACAACAACAACAGCAAGAUGGGCCUGUCGGAGACUACAGUGAAGCAUCUGCUGCUGCUGCUAAACUUUGUGUAUGCGGUGCUCGGCUUGCUGCUGAUUGGUUUUGGCAUUUUCUUUCUGGCAUAUGUAACCUCGGUGAGCAUUGGCGAGAAUGUGGCUGGCGGCCUAAUCAUUGGCCUGGGCGUCGUCAUAGUCAUCAUUGCCGUCUUUGGCUGCCUGGCGGCAGCACACGAGUCGCCCAGGCGUCUGCUCUUUUAUGUCGUCUCGAUUGUGGUGCUGAUCCUCAUACAGCUGCUAUUCCUGAGCAUGGUCUCGCAUGGCACCAAGGAUGGCAUCUCGGGCAGCAUUAACGAGGGCUUCGAGCAGCUGUGGGACGCCGAACGCAAUGAGACCGGCGCCUUGGCCUAUUACGAAUCCUGGCUGCACUGUUGCGGCGUCAAUGGCUCCGAGGACUAUGCGGUCAUAAAUCAUGCUGUGCCCCGGAGCUGUUGUCCCGAGCUCAAGUGUACGAAUCCAAGCCAAGUAUACAAUGUGGGCUGCAAGUCACAGUUUGUGGAGUAUCUGGAUGACAGGCUGUUGAUAUUCAAGAUCGUCUGCUGGCUGCUCAUCGUGGGCGAGGCAAUUGGCGCCGCCUUGGGCUGGUUGCUUUUAACGGGCCUGAAGAACCAAGAUCGUCGCAACAAUGCCGUCUGGAUGUAAUCAAAGUCUAACCUUAAGCCUUA